CUUCUUAUUCAAGUCUCCCAAAUCAACAAUGAUUUCUAAUGUUCUUUCUGAUCACAUCAACAUUAACAUGGCCUCUGCGAAAACCAUUGUUUCGACUGCAGCUUCAGUAGCUGCAUCAGCCAUGGUGGUGAGGUCUCUGGCCAGGGACCUCAUACCAUAUGAGCUGCAACAAUAUGUCUACUUAAACAUCAAUCUCUUCUUCAAGUCUUUCUCUUCUGAUAUGGUGUUGAUCAUCAACGAAUUCGACGGGCUGGCCAACAACCAAAUAUACAAGGCAGCAGAAGUGUAUUUGGGCAGUAAGGUUUCCAAUUCCACUAGCAGAUUCAGAGUCAGCAUGCCUGAAAAAGAGACAAAAAUCUCAACCUCAAUGGACAAAGAUCAGGAAGUUGUUGAUUUUUUCAAUGGUGUGAAGCUCAAAUGGAGGCAGGUUACAACACAGGUGGAGAACAAAAGGUCCAGGUAUCCAGGGCAAUAUUCAGGGGGAGAAUCCGAAAUUCGUUAUUUCAGGCUCAUCUUUGACAAGAAACACAAGAAUAUGGUGUUAGAUUGCUACUUCCCAUUCAUACUAAACGAAUCAAAUAAAAUUAAAGAGGAGAAGAAGACUCUGAAAAUCUACACUAUGAACAGUCAACACACGAGGAUGUAUUCGAGUUCUGGGGAUUAUACGUGGAACUCCAUCAACCUGGAUCACCCUGCAACGUUUGAAACGCUGGCUAUGGAUGCAGAGCUGAAGAAGACAAUCAUGGAGGAUCUUGAGAGGUUUGUGAGGAGGAGAGAUUACUACAGGAAAGUUGGGAAGGCAUGGAAGCGUGGGUAUCUGUUGUAUGGUCCCCCCGGGACAGGGAAAUCAAGCUUGAUUGCAGCCAUGGCUAAUUACCUCAAGUUUGACAUAUAUGAUUUGGAGCUGACUGAUAUUCAUGCCAAUUCUGAGCUGAGGAGGAUUCUUCUCGCCACUGGGAACAAAUCGAUACUGGUUGUGGAAGACAUUGAUUGCAGCCUGGAUAUAGAGGAUCGGAAGGCGGAUGAACAGGCUCUGAAGAUGCUAAGAAAUCAUGUCAGCCAAGCACAGACUAUCAACAUUGUUAGAAAGCCUAAACCCCAAGAAGUCACAUUAUCGGGGCUGCUUAAUUUCAUUGAUGGGUUGUGGUCAAGCUGUGGGGAUGAGAGGAUUAUAGUGUUCACAACAAAUCACAAGGAGAGAUUGGAGCCUGCACUUCUGAGGCCUGGUAGAAUGGAUGUGCAUAUCCACAUGUCAUAUUGCACGCCUGCUGCCUUCAUGACUUUGGCGAAGAAUUAUCUGGGAAUUGAGGACCAUUCUCUCUUCCCAGAAAUCCAAGUUUUGUUGGAGAAUGUGAAUGUGACUCCUGCAGAGGUGGGUGAACAGUUGCUGAGGAAUGAGGGGGUCCAGGACGCACUCAACUGUGUCCUUCACUUCCUCCAAGAGAAAACAAGGGAAGCUGAUGAUGAAAGCAAGGCCAAAGCGAAAGAAAUGGAAGAACAAGAUGCAGAAAAGGAACAACCUGGUGAAACCUCCUCCGAGUAAAUUAUUAUUUACGAUCAUUAUCAUUAUGAAGCUAAGCUACAUCAGACACCUCUUACCUAUGUUAUUUGUUCACACUUCACAGUAGCCGACUUGGGAGACUUUAACCGUUGUUUUUCUUUAUUAAUAAAACUUUUCAUCUGAUUUGAUCUUUAUUAUACAUUUCAAUGACAAUUAAGAGUUAAACCUA